GUACCCCCAUCAAGCAAAUAUACAGUACAAGCAGAAGCAUACUCCUUCUCCGACCAUUAAUGGAAGUUUCAGUUUCCGCUUCUCGCCUCCUCCGGAGCACUACAACUUUACCUCCGGUCACCAAUCUAAAAACUACAAUCUCUCACACAAAUCCAGUAUCCGUACGUAUUCCCCAUCCAAUGUUUUCUCCACCUCCGCCGUCAAUUAAAAUGAACUCCUCCUCUCUCCAUGGUCUUGCCAGCGCCGCCGCGUCUCAAAACAACGGCUCUACUGUUACGUCUUCAUCAGUCGAUUCUAGUGAAAAUGGAGUUCGAAUUGGUGAAGUCAAGAGAGUCACGAAGGAGACUAAUGUCUCUGUUAAAUUAAAUUUGGACGGAACUGGAGUUUCUGAUUCUAAUACCGGAAUUCCAUUUCUUGAUCACAUGUUAGAUCAAAUUGCUUCGCACGGGCUGUUGGAUGUGCAUGUGAAGGCAACCGGAGAUAUUCAUAUCGAUGAUCAUCAUACUAAUGAAGAUGUUGCACUUGCUAUUGGAACGGCAUUACUGCAAGCACUUGGUGAUAGGAGAGGAAUUAAGCGGUUUGGUGACUUCUCAGCUCCUCUUGACGAGGCUUUGGUACAUGUUUCAUUGGAUUUAUCCGGACGGCCCCAUUUGAGCUAUGGGUUGGAAAUUCCCACUGAGAGAGUUGGAACCUAUGACACUCAGCUGGUGGAGCAUUUUUUCCAGUCUCUAGUGAAUACUUCUGGUAUGACACUUCACAUCCGGCAGCUUGCUGGAAAAAAUUCUCAUCAUAUUAUUGAAGCAACCUUCAAAGCCUUUGCUAGAGCUCUUAGACAAGCAACAGAAUACGACUCCCGUCGUCUUGGGACUGUACCAAGCUCAAAAGGUGUUCUAUCACGAACUUGAUGCUUCUUGAUCAUGCAAAGAUGGUUUAAGCUGUCAUUCGAGUUUCUUUAACUGUGUGAAUAUAUUUAUUAAGUGCAUUUUGGUGAUCUACUGCUGGGAGCUUGAUUUAGUGAGUUGAGGACCAUUACUAAUGCUGAUGCAAGAAUGAUGAAUGGUCUUGGUGUAUAAUUGAGUUCCACUGAAGCCUGAAGGCUAUGGAGGACGGUUGUCAUCACAACUAUAUUGUAUUUUGUGAACAUGAUGAGUUCAAAAUAAUGCUGUACUAUCAACAAUGUAUCUUUUUUCUAAUUUAAUGAAUAUGCAUCUUGCUAAA